UCUAACACUAGCGGUUGCGAAAAAAUCCUCGACGCCAAAUGUUAGCGGGAAGCUGUGUUUAUUUCUGUUCGUCUUGAGUUCUUUUUCCUCGUCAUGAACUCGCAGGUAACGUACCACAACGUGCCCACUCCGCCGUCCAACGGAGCGCUGGCGGCGGCGACUCCGGACGGGGGAUUUCUGUACGCCGGCUUGCGCUGUAUUAACUACAUAGCGGCUCCGCCGGCAUGCGGCAACGAGCAGGUUCUGGUGGCGACCAUGUCAACGCGCAUCAACAUUUUGGCCCUCGACGUGAGCCCUAUGUGGGGCGCCCCGAACAAGCAGUUCGCCAUAGUCGGCGAUGACUUGAGCGUGCAGGUCUGGGACUGCCUACUGGGCGAGGCUGUCACCGGGCACAAGGCUCACCAGCAUCAGCAAGAGGCGCGCGACUCCCGAUCAGUCUACCACACCGCCAGCUCCGUGCUGAUGAGCUAUCGGGCCAACGGGAGCAUACUGUCGAUAGAUGCCAACGACCUGGUCAUCUAUUGCGCGGCCUCAAACUCAUACUGCCGCCGGCCGACGUUCCUGUCGCCCCGGAACCAUCAGCUCACCCAGCUGCGCGCUUCCCCCUACAACGACAACAUAUUUGCCGUGGGAACUGCAAUGGGAAACGUUCUGGUCUGCGACUUGCUCAAGAUGGGCGUCGUCUACAAGUUCACUGGCCACAAAUCACCGAUCUGCGGCCUAUCCUGGCAAGAGGUGAACGCUCCCCUGGAGGAGAACCUCAAUGAGCUGUCCUCGAGAGCUGAGCAGUGGCGCAGUCGCAAUGGUAAAGAGGAGGAGAAGUCCAAGCCGAAACCACCGCCGCUGCUUAAAUCCCGGGCCGCCGAAUCCGACGAUUUGUUUGACAUUUACAACUUUGAUCAUCUGGAGGGUGAGUUCGGGGCACCCACUGCAGAGCGACGCAAAUCUACCGAAAUCUGCGGAGACUUUGUUGGCCUGGAGAAGCCAGCCAGUACCGCUGCCCUGGAUUACGUGGAAGCCUGCGAGAACAUGAAGGCGGAUCUGAUGGCUCAUAAACAGGACGAUAGCCUUGAGCACGUAGAAGUCACCUUGAAUGACUGUGAACCCACGAAGCCUUCGGGCCCGCUGAGCGAUGCAAGCACCGCCAGCAAUCGCCAGGAUAUCAGCGAUUCCACCGAAGGCAGUCUGGAGGUCAUUCAAUACAGUUCCUCCAGCGACGAUGCUGUGAUCGUCGAUGGAGAGGCCGCAAAGCCCAAACGCGAGGUGCUGCAUCACAUCUACCACCAGGCCGAGGUCCAUGCCUCAGAAACCGAAACACCUCAGGCCAAGCCCGAGCCGCCGAGCAAUCUCCAAGUGACGGCUGCUGGCAGUACCGAAACACUUAGCUCGUCAGUGACCACACGGCCCGACAUUCUGCUGGCCUCCAUUGACGGGAAUGAGGUCAUGAUGAUCUGGAACGCCAACACGGGAGCCCAUUCCGGGAGGAACUACAGCAAGAGCAAGGCCACGGGCAAGCUCAACAACGUCUUUUGGCUGAGCGGCGAUACCAUAGUGAGCCUCAGUCGUAACCAGUUGUUCUUCUGGUCCCUGGAGUUUGACCGCAAGAUGCUGCGCUACAAGAUUAGCAAGGACCGAGUCCACAGUUGCCGGGAGCAGGAUAUCUUUACGUUUGCCUGUCACCCCAACAAGAAGGAGAUAUGGUUGUGCAAGAACAAUCGCCAGAUUGUUACAAUGAAACCCCAAACUGGCCAAGUGAGUGCCACCUAUGGCACAGUGCAUCUCGGAGUGCGGGCAAUGGCCGAGUGUCCGGAUGAUAUGAACAAAAUCGCUUUGGGUUGCUCUGACCGCCGUAUUGGCAUCUUUGACAUUUCAAAGCUCUCGACCAGCUGCCUUCCCAUCGACAGCGUGUUUGUCAACACCAAUGUGUACUCCCUGGCCUGGAGUCCCGACUGUUUGCAGCUGGCCUUUGGCACCUUUGAGGGAACUGUGGGCAUCCUUGAUGUGGAGAUGAUGAAGGUUAAGACCGUCUUGAGGACGCCGCAGAAGAAGGAAGUGUACUCCCUGGUCUGGCAGGACCACUACAUCUACUUUAUCGUGAAUCGCCAGCUCGGCAUCUUUGACUUGGACAAAAUAAAGGGCGAUCCCUACAUGCUAAACCACAUCUCUCGGCCCAGCUACCUCAGCGUUCGUGGAUCGUUUCUUUUCAUUGGCACCGAUGAUGGCAUGUUGCAGCUGCAUGAACGCACCAGUGGAGCCGGCCAGGCCUGGAGUCCGUUCAUCCGCCAGUCGGCCCUGCUGUCACGUUAUGUGUGCGACAUCGUGUGGAGUCCCUUGGACAAUAAUAAAUUCGCUGUGGCGGGCAAUGACAAGUUUAUAUACGUAAUGGAGUUCCAACCGGCGGAUCGCAAUUGGACAACGCUUCACACUUUCACGGCCAAUGCAGAUAAGGCUUCUGUUACUUCCCUGAGGUGGAGUCAGAGCAAAGUCAACAUCCUUCUCUCCUUCCACAUCGAGGGAAAGGUAUGCAUGUGGAACACUAAUGAGCCGGAAAAGCCACCACUGACCAUCACCUAUCACUGCCCCAUGUGGUGCGGCAUGUUUUUGCCCUCCAACGAGAACAUUAUCAUGUGUUCCGGCAAGGCAAUCUCUAUUGAGUUAAUCGACAUCAAAACUGCUUUAGCCGAAAAUGAGAAAACUAUCUGCUCCAAGGUGGAUCCGUUGCUCAAGGUUAAGUGGGCCAGCAAGUCCCUGAACUUGCCCUAUGCUCCGGUUCUAACCAAGAACGAUAAGAAGCGACAGCGGCGCAACCAACGUAAUAGGGAAUCUAGGGUGGAAGCUGAGGCUCCCAGCAAGAAUGUGGAGAAGGCAAAGGAAUCAGAGGCACCAGCGAGUGAGAACCUAACUAAGGACUCACUAGAAAAUGAGACUCCGGUGGAGGAAAUGCUGGAAGCACUCAGCCUGGACAAGAAGCAGCAAUUAAAUACCACAAAGGAGUGCUUAAAAUGCAAGGAAUUAGAGUCCAAUAACCCGCCUGACAGUUUGCUUAUUCAUUCCCGCACCUGUCUCUACCUCGCUGGUAAGGAGCUCAACAAGAGCGCCCUUGAGAAGCUGGCCAUUGUUCUGACUGAAGAUGCGGCUAAGAUAGACAAGUCAGUGCUUAUAUCCAAGCUAUUUAGUACCAAAGUGACGGCCAAGAAGCUCAUUUCCAUAGAAUUAAGCAACCUUAAGCAGUCAAACACAAAGGACAUAUCCCCCCUUUCCCUAGUCAUAUCCACGUUCAAGCUGCGUGAGGAACUGGAGGAACAUAUGGCCAACAAGACUCUGACGGAGUGGCAUCUUUCCGUAGCUCCUUCGGUGUCUUUUGCACUCUGGCAGGACUGUUGCCGCGUGUAUGCCAAGCAGAUGGAGGAGAAUGGUUACAUCAUGCACGCAGCCACUUACCUCCUUAGCUUGGGAAUGCAGAAGGAAGCCAUCGAACUGUUCCUGGCCAAUGAGUAUUACAAGGAGGCCCUGGUACAUGCCCGAAUUUGCUUGCCAGCCACAGAUCCCAUAAUUAAAACCAUUAUUAACCGUUGGCUAGACCAACUGGAGGGCACAGGCAACUAUGCAGCGGCGGCCCUAAUAUGCGUUUUGGACAACGAGAUGCUGCGUGGCUAUACCUUUUUGAGGAAGUUCCGCAACUGCACUCCCGAAAUAGCCGAUCUAAUGGAGCAGAUUAAGCGCAUUGGGCAGCUGGGCGCAGUGCUGGAUAGCUGUGCUCCGGCCGAACAACCUGAACAGAAUGGAGCUGCAGCUGCUUGCGUUAUAGAGGAGACAGAAUAAAACGAUGAGUUGAUGUCAAAGAUUAGUUUGAAACAAUCCUGAAGCUAUUAGCUAUUAGCUAGGCAUUUAAAACCCAUGAAACCUAAUUAAUUUUGUUACUCUUAGAUAGUCAGAGACUGAGUGGAAUUGAAUCCAAUUUGAGUUGACAUUUGAAUUCCAUAUUUAAGUUUAAUUUACCCCAAAGAAAGGGGGGGAAACAACAAAAGAAUUACACACAAACAUACAUACAUAUAUCAGCGGCACAAUAGCUAGUAAAGAAACAACACUCACAAAUUGAAUUUUGAAUAAACGAAAACGAGAUAAAAAAGAAAAGAAACCCCG